CCUAGAAAUGCAAAAUGACCGAUUUUCACUAGGAUUUCACUUUGCUCUUAGAAUUCCUAAAUUUGUUUUAUAUGGAAAUAGACAUGUUAACAAAGAUAUCGGCGAACUAAAGACAAUCAAAUGCACCAUCUGGAAAAUCAAUUUCACGCUUGUGUCAACAAUUGAUAACGCAACAGUUUCAUGGGUGAAACUCUAUGCACGAUGGUUUGUUUUAUUCCAAUAUAAUUAAUUUAAUAAUUUUAUAGUCAAUUUUAUUUUUCUACAGACUAAUAUUGAAUAAGAAAAUGGAAAAUUAAAAAGAAACUUUCAUUAUUUUGUAACAAUAAAAGAUAAUGAAAUUCCUCAUUUUUCCUAAUUUCGGUAAUUCCUAGAGACAAUAAUAUCUACACAGACACAGCCUCUACAUACGUCUACAUUUGCCAUGAAUAUGUAAACAGUGAAACAGAAGAUGAACGAUUUUUCUCAAGAUUGGUUUCAUUGAAUUCUUUUAUCAUGAUUUCAUCACGUUGAAAAAUAACCAACGAAUACCAUUAAGUUAAAAAAGAAGAAAAAUAGAGAAACAUAGAAGUUAUGUAAGCCGCUCGUGGCAGAAUUCCGAUUCGCUAUGAAAUAAUCGGCUUUCUUUUCGGUACGAACGAGAAACACGUUUAACUGUUUUUGAGAAAGUAGAUCGUAGAACAAGGUGAAUUGCAACUAUUCAAUUCCUUGCUUCCUGUACAUAUGCAUGAUUGUCAAUAUCAACAGCAUAUGUAUAUAAUGGUCAAAGUUAAGUUACAACAAGGACUGUGUGUUUUUAUAGCGAAAUAGUUCUCGGCCUCGAUGUCAACUUUAUCCUACAUCCAAUCUAUAUGCGUUUCUGUUUCUCACAACAGUUCACCACGAGCGAUACAUCGUGAAACAAAAAUCACGAGAUCAAUGAAUCAAUAUUAGCUGAUCUUACGAUACCUGUUGUUGAUCACCAGCAAUGGGCAUGGAUUUAUCAGCAAGAUAAAGCGAAUUACUACUGCGAAGCGAUAUCGAAUUGACGUAAUUUUUACCUCCUCUUUUUUUUCUCUCUCUUUCUCUAUCCAGUGAUGCCGCACUUCGUUAUCAUAGUGCAAAUAACUCACAUUGAGGCCCUAGUCGUGUCGAUUACGCGAACUACCUCUACCAUUCGCUCCUAUCAUUGCGAAAAUCAUACCCAGGAAGAAAUAAGGGAACGCUUUCAGUGAGCAUGAACCGACGGUUUCUUCGAGAAAAAAAAAGGUAGAGAUCGUUCAUUUUUGUUGGAUGUUGGUAUCCUUAAUUUGGUAUCCUGUCGUCGCCGGUAAUGAUGAGAAUCCACGGGUUGCUGUUCGUGAUCUUCCUGUGCCGCGAAUGGAGGAGGGCUGAUACUCUAGAAGCGAAAAUUUUGAGAUCGUGCAUCUCUCAGAACACUUGUGAAACUUGCCUGCAAGCUGGUCCUUCUUGUGCCUGGUGUAGUGACUGGUCUUAUUCGAAUUUGACGGUCGGGAGACCGCGGUGCAACUCGCCGGAGAGACUGAAACAGUUCGGUUGUCCACCGAGAGAAAUUCGCACUGCUUCACCGUGGUCGAUGAAGUUCCUGGAGGAUUCGAAUUUUCAAGACAUGGAACCGGAACGAGUACCGAUACAACUGCGGCCGCAAAGAGUAGCAGUGAAGAUUCCGCCAAAUUUCGAGAUAACAAUUCCGAUUCGUUAUCGACUGGCCAAAAAUUACCCGUUAGAUUUGUAUUAUCUGAUGGACUUGACCUGGUCGAUGAAGGACGACAAGGAGACUUUGGUCAGUUUAGGAUGGAACAUGAGUCAAACGUUCGGCAGCAUCACCAGUCACUUUCGCCUGGGUUUCGGUAGCUACGCUGACAAACCUGUGAUGCCGUACGUCUUCCCAGGACACGAGGAGAAUCCUUGCAAGAGUGAGCACGCCGAAUGCUCUCCUAUUUAUGCAUACUGGCAUCGCUUGAAGCUAACUAACGACGUUCGACGAUUCAUCGUACAAGUGAAUAAUAGCCAAGUGACCGGGAACGUCGACAAUUUGGAAGGAGCGUUGGACGGGCUGGUGCAAACGAUCGUUUGCACCAAAGAUAUCGACUGGCAGCAUCAGGCACGAAAAAUUAUUCUAGUGGCCACCGAUGGACAUUUACAUUUUGCCGGCGAUGGGAAGCUAGGCGGUGCUGUAAAGCGUCAAGACUUCAAGUGUCAUCUUAAUGAACGUGGACAAUACUCUUUAGCUACGGAAUUUGAUUAUUCCUCGUUGGCAGAAUUGUCAAGGUUACUGCAGGAGCAUAAAAUUAAUUUAAUAUUCGCCGUCACGGAAGAUCGUCGUAACGAAUACGAAGAGACAACGAAAUUGCUCAAAGAAAAGGCAAUGGUCGCAACCUUGAGCAACGACAGCUCGAAUAUUUUAGAGAUCAUUGAGAGUGCUUAUCAUCGAAUUACCUCGAAAGUGAUCUUGCGCGACAAUUCAUCCAGCCCGUUAGAAAUAAAGUAUUUUUCCAACUGCAAUGAGAAAAACAUUUCAGAAUGGAAUACCUCGGAAUGCGAUGAUAUAAAGCAAGGAAAGGAAUAUGAUUUCAAGGCCGUUCUAUCUUUCAAUAAAUGUCCGAAGGAUAAGGAGUUACGGAAACAAACAGUUGUGAUCGAGGAUGCACUGGCUUCUCAACUAUCAAAUGUAAUAAUCGACGUUGAGUUGCUAUGUGGUUGCAACUGCAAAGAUACCGAAAAUUUUCAUUGUAAGCACGGGACGAACGAGUGCGGUUUAUGCAAAUGCGACUUCGGUUGGUCCGGCGAAACAUGCGACUGCGACGAAAGUUCACGGAUAAAUAACGUACAACAGUGUAUCCAAGAUAGCUCGACGAAAAUUUGCUCCGAUAGAGGUGACUGUGUUUGCGGGGAGUGUUUCUGCGACGAUGGAUACAACGGAGCAUUUUGUGAAUGCUCUGCCUGCGACAAGAUAGAUGGAAUUGAAUGUUCAAAUAAGGGUACUUGUCAAUGUGGUGUUUGCCAAUGUAUAGAAGGUUGGGAAGGAAACGCUUGUCAAUGUCCAUCAACCAAUGAGCUGUGCAUCGCACCAGGAAGUCAAGAAAUUUGCGCUGGUCAUGGGUAUUGCGACUGUGGAGAAUGUCGAUGCAAUGUUACCGCACCAGAUGGAUUCUAUUAUCGAGGUACUUAUUGCGAAUCGUCGAUAAGCGGUGGUGGCAGUGGCCUCUGCGUUCUUUACGAUCGUUGUGUCAACGCCACUGUUGAGAAUCCGAACGAGGCAGACGAAUUUUGUCAAACAAACGUUACCACUUAUGAUAUUGAAAAAGUGGAAUCUGUUGAUAUAGAAAACAAGCACUACUGUUUCGUGAAGACGGUGAAGGAAAGAACGACCUGUUUCAUACAUUACGUAUACGAGUUUCAGAAAAAUAAUGUAGUCACUUUGAAAAUUGGUAACAAGAAGUGCUAUACUUCCAUACACGCAGCGGUCGUUCCAACUGCAAUUAUCCUCGGAAUAGUAUGUCUCGGAGUUGUUUGUUUACUAAUUUGGAAGUGUUGGACAUCCAUAAAAGAUAAGAGAGAAUAUGAGAAGUUCAUGAGAGAACAGCAGAAAACUGUGUUCAGCUUAAACCAAAAUCCUCUGUUUAAAUCACCGAUAAGUCGGUACACGGUUCCUCCGAUGUACAAAGAGGACUGAAAAAUUAAACUCUUAAGAAACUAAAUUAAUUCAUUUCAAUUCGACCGAUAAGAUUUGGAAGAAGGCAUGGUACUAUCAUCGAACAUCAUAUCGUUCCAAAAAUGAUUCCCAGCGGAAAACGUGAUGAACUGUAACAUAUGAAAUUUGUUAAUUUAAAUUUAAAUCUUUUAAUUCCCGAAGUAUAUAUCUUUUUAAUCUUUCCCAAUUAAAAAUUGAAGAGCACAUAAGAAAA